AUGAGCAAAACAGAAGGGGGCAACACGAGCAUGCGGGCGCGAAACUUCACUCAAAGGGAGCUUGACGCAGUGUCCCGUUCCUCUUAUUUCCAGCGCAUGUUACCAGAGCGUGAGGAGCAAGGAAGGGUUUAUGAUGCUGUGUUCCAUCUCAGGGAGGGGUAUGAACCCAAAGUGUCACGUGAUGACAAGGCUGUGAACCUUACACUGAACAUUAAUAAGGAGGAAAGGGGUAGACGGGUGCCUGUCCUCUCAUCGUCUAUGUACGGCUGGCAUGUAGACAAACCCCUGGAGGCUCCCUACAAGAAGAAUGUAUCACUGGUGUUCCUGAUCAGCGGAUUGAUCAUCCUGGGCUAUGCUUCAUCCAUCAGCAGAAAGAAUACCUAUCAGGACGUGGUGCGAGAGGUGUGUGGGGGGGCCAUCGGCCAGCUGUGUGAGGUCUGCUUCUGCUUCAACCUCUUCAUGAUCUCUGUGGCCUUCCUGGUGGUGGUGCAGGACCAGCUAGACAAACUGUGUGUGUCUCUGUAUGAGACGGUGACGGGGUCCUCAGAGGGUGAGAUACCGUACCACUGGUACACGGACCAACGGUUCCACCUCUUCAUCAUGUGCCUCAUCUUCAUCCUCCCUCUCUCCAUCCCCAAAGAGAUUGGCAUCCAGAAAUACACCAGUGUGCUGGGCACUCUGGCUGCUACAUAUCUCUGUGUGGCUGUCAUUGUCAAAUACUACAUGAUGGACGAACAUUCAGCCGUCAUUACCCCAGAGCACAGUGAAGGAAAAGAUUCAUGUGCCUCAAUGUUCAGCGUCGUCCCCACCAUCUGUUUUGGCUUCCAGUGCCAUGAGGCCUGUAUAGCCAUCUACAGCAGCAUGGAGAACAAGAAGCUCUCCCAUUGGGUGAUCAUCUCUGUGAUCUCUAUGUUCUUCUGUCUGCUCAUCUACACCCUUACAGGUAUCUUUGGCUUCCUGACGUUUGGGCGCACAGUGGCGGCUGAUAUUCUGAUGUCAUAUCCUGGAAAUGAUGUGGUCAUGAUCAUUGCCAGACUGCUAUUUGGAAUAUCAAUCAUCACCAUCUAUCCAAUUAUACUUCUGUUGGGAAGGUCUGUCAUUCUGGACCUGAUGUUGCGAAUUCGUCGCCAUCGGCGCGGUGGGGUCACACACUCGUUUGAGAACCGCUGCAGAGUGAUUCUGACUGUCAUCUGGAUCACAAUCACCCUCCUCAUCGCCAUGUUCGUCCCUGACAUGAGUGAGGUCAUCAGCGUUAUCGGAGGAAUCAGUGCCUUCUUCAUCUUUAUCUUUCCUGGGCUUUGCCUGGUAUUCACUAUGCAGUCAGAGCCUGUGUCGCCCAGAGUCAGGGUGGUGUGCACUGUGUGGGGUGUGAUUACUGUAAUUGUUGGAGCCUUCAUUUUUGGACAGAGCACGACCAUUGCCAUUAUGGAGAUCUUCCACAAAUUCUGA